UAAAAAAAAUAUCUAAUAUUCCGUAAACUUAUUUUUUUUAGUUUCCAUGCACCUACGUUGAUAUGUUCUGCAUGUCAUAAAAUUAGUUUUUACCUGUUUUUGCAGAUUCCGGGUGAUGGACUAAAGAUGAAGGAGUCAUAUGAGGCGAACUCUAGAGGCUUGGAAAUUUUCUCGAAAAGUUGGCUUCCGAAGAGCAGUUCCCCAAGAGCAGUGGUUUGUUUUUGUCAUGGUUAUGGAGACACUUGCACAUUUUUUGCAGAAGGAAUUGCUAGGAAGUUAGCAUCUUCAGGGUAUGGAGUUUUUGCCAUGGACUACCCAGGAUUUGGUCUAUCUGAAGGUCUACAUGGUUAUGUUCCAAGUUUCGACAAGCUCGUUGAUGAUGUUAUUGAACAUUACUCAAAAGUUAAAGAAAACCCAGAAUUCUGUGCUUUGCCUAGUUUCCUGUUCGGACAAUCUAUGGGGGGAGCAGUGGCUCUGAAGGUGCACCUGAAACAACCUGAUGCAUGGAACGGUGCCAUUCUUGUUGCACCUAUGUGCAAGAUUGCAGGGGACAUGGUUCCACCAUGGCUGGUGACCCAAAUUCUAAUUGGAGUGGCAAAAUUACUUCCAAAAUGGAAGCUUGUUCCACAGAAGGAUUUAGCUGAGUCGGCAUUCAGAGAUGUGAAGAAGAGAGAACAGGCUGCCUACAAUGUUAUUGCUUACACACAUAAACCACGUUUACGAACAGCCUUGGAGAUGCUGAGGACCACAGAAGAGAUAGAGCGACAAUUGGAAAAGGUGUCUCUGCCAUUAUUGAUCUUGCAUGGAAAGGCUGAUAAAGUGACUGAUCCAUCUGUGAGCAAGGCAUUAUACGAGAAGGCAAGGAGCCCCGACAAGAAGCUUAACCUUUACGAUGAUGCUUAUCACGCUCUUCUCGAAGGGGAGCCAGACGAGAUGAUACUUCGAGUAUUUGGUGAUAUCAUAUCUUGGCUAGACGCGCAUUGCUGAACAUUUGCCAUUCUUACCUCCUUUGCAUAUUUUUCUGCCUCUCAUUCUUUUUUCCCCGUAAGGCAGGGAGGGGUAGCUUUGAUUGAAUAAAUGUAUUUAUGAACAUCAUAAGAAGUAUAUAUUCUGUUGCAGAAAAGAACACAAGAAGGGAGGAAAUUAUUGAUAUUGCAUUUGAUCUCGGUAUUGUAUGACUCGUGAAAUACAAAGAAUAAAACAUCAAGUUUUGAUUCUUUUCUC